UUUGUUGAAAAUAACAUUUGGCAAAGCCAAACCAAGGUCGGUCGUUUUUUCAUCUGCUGGUUUUUGCGGAGGUUUCUUGUAAUUCUCAAGUCACUAGCGAUGCUGUUAUAGGUUGCUGCGCUACAAGUACAAGAGCAAGAGGAGGAAAAAGAGGCGGUGUCUACUUACGACAGCCCUCAACAAAAGCAAAAAUUGUCGUGAAAAAUACGUACCCCGUUUGAUCACGUAUCUUGAAACACAAAUUACCCAGAAAACAAGCUUCUGCCUCACCCUGAAGAACUACGCAUUCACAACGCGCAAAAAGCUUGAUUUCGUAGGUGAGGGAUCGAAUCUGUUUCUGCGUGAGAAAGUAAAGUGUACGAGCACGACGAAUCGUCUGCAAGUGCGGUGAAUAUUAUUAAAAGUACGUCCACCGUAGAUCAAGACAGAAAUAAGUAUCGGCCAAAGUAGCGACCAGAAGUUGUACCUCGACCACGCUUGAACCAGCACCAGAUGGCAACGCAGCAGCAUUUGAACACAGACUACUUCGCUCGGGAUGCGAGCAAAGUGGGCGACGGCAGUCAGACACAGGAGGGGUACCUGGAGGUGCUCCCGAACCGACUUUACUGGACCUGUUUGUCCGGAAUCCCGAAGAACACAAGUACGCACCAUUUCUUUUCCAUCGACAACGAGUUGGUGUACGAGCCCUUCUUUGCGGAUUUCGGACCGCUGAAUCUGUCCAGCACCUACCGCUACUGCAAAUUGGUGAAGGCCAUCCUCGAUGACCCCCAGCUCGCCAACAAAAAGAUCGUGCACUACUGCUCCCAGGACCCGAAGAAGCGCCCGAAUGCCGCCUAUUUGAUCGGCGCGUUCCAGGUCAUGGUGUUGAAGCGAACCGCAGAAAUCGCCUACAGACCGUACUUGAUUCUCGCUUUUAUUUUCUGUCGUCCAUUCAAUUGGUCGCUCUUUCUUAAGAUGGCGUUUGGAGCGCGACCAUGCUGGCUGAACGAUUUUGAUAGAGAAUGAAUGUCCGUGUACCUCAAUUUCGCAACUGUAUUCAUAUAUAAAUCCAGGUUUAACAAUAUCCGUCCGCCGUUUCUGCCGUUUCGGGACGCAACGUGUGGUGUCUGUAACUACCACUGCACGGUCUUGGAUUGCUUGAAGGGAUUGGAGUAUGCCAUGCGCAUUAGAUGGUUCGACCCGAACACGUUCGACGUCGCCGCAUACGAAUUCUAUGAAAAGGUACGUUUGUCACUUUGUCUACGGGUCUUUCGACAUUUUUUUUUCUGUGUGCCCUUGGUGGAACGUGGCUAUUUUCUAACUCUUUUAUUCCUGUACCUAUGAAAAAUCGACAAAUCAAUUAUAUCGAAUCAAAAAUCAGGUCGAGCAUGGUGAUAUGAACUGGGUGAUGCCGGAUAAAUUUUUGGCUUUCGCGGGUCCAUCUGCCACGCCUAUCGAUCCCGAUGGUAUUGUUGCUUUUUGGCGUCUUCUUUUUGCACGGAUGAGAAGUUCAGCUGAGCGUGAUCAUCGAGCAGCUUUACAACGAUGUCAUUGCUAUUGCGAGUAAGAAAGCAUAUGAUAUCGACGUAGAAAUCUUUUAUUUCCUGAUGCGACCACUCUAGUGCGACAUGAGAUUAAAAUUCGAAUCAUCCUGUCACACUCUAGGUUUUCCGGCCUUCACUCCGGAGGACUAUGUUCCCAUGUUCAAGUCUGCUAACGUCAACAUGGUGGUCCGCCUGAACAAGAAGCAGUACGACCGCAGGCGUUUCACAGAUCACGGCAUUAAGCAUGUGGACCUCUACUUUCUGGACGGGUCGUGUCCCAGCCGGGAAAUCAUCCAGAAGUUUCUGUACGUGGCCGAAAGCGAACCCGGCGCGAUCGCAAUCCACUGCAAAGCAGGGUUGGGCCGAACCGGAACCCUGAUUGGCUUGUACGCCCAGAAGCACUUCCAGUUCCCGGGCCGCGCUUACAUCGGCUGGAACCGAAUCUGCAGACCAGGAGCAAUUCUUGGUAUGAUUUUUGCUUAUAAUGAUUAGGCACUACAGACAGUGGUAGUUCAUGGCGAGUAGAUUCGAAAUCUGGAGUUUUCCUUUUUCUGGCUUUUGCGGGCGAAAAAAGUUUUUUUCAGUGCGGAAAGCCGAAGGAUAAAUAUCCAUAGAAGUUGUACAACAAGAGUGAUGGUUUGAAUAGGUCCAUACCAACAACCAUCACAGGCCCGCAGCAGCAGUUUUUGACAGAAAUGCAGAACGAGAUGAUUCAGCAGGGCAUUGCGCACCGAGCAAACCUGAUGGGUCAACCAAGAAACCAGGAGGAGUUGCAAUUGCGAAGAGAACUUGAGGAAGCCGAGAGACGCGAGGAUGUGGGACAAGGUAAUAGAUUUGUCUACUCAAUGAUUUUUUCCCCGGCGGAACAAUGAUACGAAUCACGUGUGAACAAGCACGGCACUGACUGAACAGAUGCUGUGCGCCGGACCGUCGGUGCGCGGUUUUUCUGAUUUUGAUUUUCUUUCUGCCCACCUAGAAGCGAGCACGCAUGUUGAUUUUCUUUCUACCAACAAAAAACAGGUGACCGUCUGACCGCUGCAAAAAGAGACAUGUACCCGGGAUUUGGCGGUUUGAAAAUGGGAGGGUUUUCAUCGGGCAAACUGAUGGGCCGUCCGCCGAAGCCGCUACGGGGCAUGUUUGGUCCGCAGCCACCAGCAAUGCUCAGCCCCGCCUGA